AUGCCAAUAUACCAUGCCAGUAUUUCAUUCCAUACAGGAAUUAAUCCAAUUAACUUUGUCUGGGGUAAACCCGCACCCUCGCUGUUACCCGUGAAAGACCUCUCGCAAGCCCUCCAGACCGUUCUUACCGAUUCCGAUGCAGCCACGUAUGCUCUUGAGUAUGCCGAUCCUGUAGGUCUAUCUGCCCUGCGCUACCAGGUAUCCAGCUCACUCAGCACCUUCGAUAACACCCCCAAUAGCUUCGAUGAGAUCUGCAUCACCGGUGUCCUCCUAGCCCAUUGCUUCACCGCUCUCGUCGUCUCUGACGACAUCUACGACUACCUGAGCUACACCUCCGACUCCCUCCUGUUGCGUCUGGUGGACAUCGACCACGUCCUAUUCGGGGACCAAAACGGGGGCAGUAUCGCCCGUGAGUGUCCAAGCCAGAUGGGCGCCGAUAUCGUGACGCAGUUUCUGGCUGCGGGACGACUGGAGCCGCAUGUGGUGGAUGUCGUGCGAAAGGCUCUGGGACCUCUCGAGAUAUCUCGAACACCAGCAACCACAGUGGCCUCCAAAGGCUACUGCAGACGCCUAAUUAUCACACUCAUCGACGAAUUGGCCUGCGAUGACCCCCAGCGCGAGGUAUAUUCGCUACCCCUGAUGCGCGCGUAUCCCAGGGAUUCUGGCAGCACCCAGGACUUUGCCAAUUUUGCCAAUUCCGUCAAUCGAACGGCCUGGUGGAUCGAGUGGAAACUACGCAGGGGUGAGUCGUUCUCAAAUGUGGGAUACUUUGGUCCUUACUCUCUUGCCAAAGGCGACCAGUGGCCUGUUUUCGAGACAAGGGUCACGCUGGAUAAGAGCGCGAGUAUGGCACGGUUGCAGCCGGUGGAGGGGUGGAUGAGGUAA